UCUUCGUCCCUUGCUUGCCCUGCCAGUCUCGCGUCUGCGCCACGUUUCUUGACUACCUAUCACCUCAUUACCCUGGGCACUCCAUAGCACAAUGUGCCAGCAAAUAGCCGAAGGGACGCGUUGGACGCGAUGCGGUCACUUCCAGCGGCACCUCGUCGUCGCCAUUGUGGAUUGCAACACAACACGAUGCGAGCGAAGCUACUACCACCCUAAAGGUUGCCGAGAACCCAGCUGUGCACGGAACUUCGGUCCCGAAAUUCAGAAGGACAUCGACGCCGUCGACGAGUAUUGCUUUGCAUGCCGUGCGGCGCAGGCAAAAGCGGAGGGCCGACCACUGCGCUAGCGCACACGAGAUGUGCAUGAGGCAUCUCGCCUCGCACAUGUCCUCCCGCACGAGAUGCGCCGGGUGGCCAUCUUGACGACUUUGCAUGACAUUUGAGCUUCAAAACUGCACGCUGGAAACGAUACCCUGUACAAUAGUCACUCACCUUGCUUUCCGCCAUGUCAACCGUGUAUAAUCAUCUUGCAAUGAACGAGCACGUCGCUUUCCGA